AAAGGUAAUUGAAACCAACCUUAAGCUCUUUUUAUCUCCGCUCUAAAGGUAGCCCCGAUUAUUGCUAACUUAAGCAUCGGAGUGUCUACCCCGAGUUCCACCUCGGGGCUUUGCAGGUCUUCCCGGAGUGCAAGUGCGGACUGAAGAAGAACUCCUGGUUUGGUGCAAUUACAUUGGCGUCGUCUGUGGGAUACGAACUGAAAGCCUUCUAGUUGCUCUUUCAUCAUGGUCCACACUCGAUCAGUCAGAGCUGGUAAUUCAUCUCUGCCUCAUGGGCAGGGUCAACCCCCCACCAACCUUCCACCUCUGAUCCCACCUCAACUUACACCUCAGCCUCCACCUUAGGUCCCAAUUAUGUUCCCUCCUGUUGAUCAUGCAAAAGGAGGAGAUGAAAAUCAACCUCAUGCCUCAGCUCACAAUUCCACUUCCACUGCCAACCAAGACGUAGUGACAGCUCAGCUUGCUGCCAUACAGCAACAGUUCAGUGUUUUUCACUUGGAAAAGCUAGUAGCUGAACACCGAGGUGCUCCACCCCCACACCAUACUGCUGAUUCUAUACCUCACCCUCUGAAUACCAACAUUACUUUAGAACCCUAUCCUGUUGGCUUCAAAAUACCACAACUGGAGACUUACGACGGGAUGAAAGAUCCCGAUGACCACCUGCAUGCUUUCUACUCUUGUAUGCAAGCUCAGAACGCCUCCGACGCGUUGAUGUGCAAAAUCUUCCCCUCUACUCUUCGAGGUAACGCCCGAACUUGGUAUUACAGUUUACCUCCGAGGUCAAUUAGCUCGUAUACAGAAAUGACAUCUGCCUUUACCACUAAGUUUUCCAGUAGAAGGUUGAUUAGGAAAACUACUUCUGAGCUGAUGACAGUUAAACAGAAGGAUGGAGAAUCCCUAAAGAACUAUAUGAGCAGGUUCAAUGAUGCGGUAUUGGAGGUUAGUUCCUUUGAUCAAGCUGUGGGGAUUGCAGCUGUAAUCUCCGAUCUUAAGCAUGACAGGUUUAGAGACAGUUUGAUCAAACAUGCUGCCAUCACCUUCAGCGAGGUGAACGAUAGGUCUCUAAAGUUUAUAACUGCCGAGGAGUAUGCCCUGGCGCAGAAUCCGACUCCCACUAAGAACCAGAACCCAGAGUGGAGAGAUGACAAUCCAACCCGGAAAAGGAUGAGGAUGGCGCAGAACAGAGGUCCAGUAUUGACCUCCUCACCGAGAUUCGGCAGGCCGAACUCCACACCCCCACAACAAUCUGCAAGUAAACCUCCAGUUAAUUGGACUCCCUUUAAUCUGCCAAGAGAACAGAGGCCACAGCCUCAAGGAGUCCGUAAUCCCCCAAAUAGGCAAGGUGUGGGAUAUCAGCAAGCCCCACCUCUGCUCCCACCACCAACUAGAAUCAUACACAUGAUUACGGGAGGCCUUGAAGCAGGUGGACUGAGCUCUAAGCAGCGAAAGCUGUAUGUUAGAGAGGUUAAACAUAAAAACCGAGUUCAGAAGCGGAAGAUUGACGAUGCUGAGUGGAAGAAUCAACCCAUUACUUUCACAUCUGCUGACCUCGACACAGUUGUUACACCCCACAAUGAUCCUCUGGUCACUACUGUCAUGAUCAAUAACUGUGAAGUACAGCGUGUCCUUGUUGAUACUGGGAGUGCACCAGACAUCAUGUACUUCCACUGUUUUGAGAGUCUGGGACUAGAUCCAGCAUUGUUGCAGAAAUAUGACGGUCCUAUCUAUGGUUUCAACAACCAACCUGUUCCGGUAGAAGGAGUUCUUACCCUCCAUGUGGCUUUUGGGAGUGGCCAGACCUAUUUCCCAACUCCUAUGGGAAUAGCAACAUUGCGAGGAAACCAAGAGGUGGCCAGACAUUGUUAUAUCACCUUAGUAACACAACCAAUGAAGGGCAAAGAUCAGACACCCGAGGCCAUUCCCCAGCGAAUUCCUGAUACUCAGCAAGUUAUGGGUGUAAAGAUCGUCGAUAAUCGACCGGAUGAUGAAGCCAGAGAUAUGCCAGGAAUUCCAAAUUCAAUAUGUCAACAUAAGCUCAGUACCAACCCAUUGAAGAAACCAGUGGCCCAGAAGCGGCGUCUCUUCGGGGGGGAGAGGCUUCAGGCUGUCAAAGAAGAGGCAAAUGGCAAAUGGCGAAUGUGCAUUGAUUAUACAAAUCUUAACCACACCUGCCCCAAGGAUUGCUAUCCAAUGCCGAGCAUUGACAAAUUAGUUGAAGCGGCUUCAGGCAAUGAGAGGUUAAGCCUCUUGGAUGCAUAUUCUGGGUAUCACCAGGUGCCAAUGGCUCCCGAAGAUGAAGAGAAAACCUCGUUCUAUGCUGGCGAUGAAAUUUAUUGCUAUGUCAUGAUGCCGUUUGGCUUAAAGAACGCUGGUGCUACUUAUCAGAAAAUGGUGACCAUCGUCUUCCGAGCUCAGAUCGGCAAGAAUCUGGAGGUGUAUGUCGAUGACAUCGUAGUAAAGAGCCAGAAAGCAGAAGACCAUCUAGCCGAUCUCGAUGAAACCUUCAACAACCUCAGAAAGAACAAGAUGCGGUUGAAUCCGGCCAAAUGUAUUUUCGAUGUGGAGUCUAGAAAGUUUAUGGGUUUCAUGGUGUCCCAAAGAGGGAUUGAGGUUAAUCCAGAAAAAAUUAGAGCAAUUGCCGAGAUGGAAUCACCGAAAUCAGUAAAAGAUAUACAGAGGUCGGCUACCCAGAAGGAUGAAUCAGGAAAACAGAAGAAAUUUGAAUGGAGUCAGGAGAGCCAGGCUGCAUUCGACGAGCUGAAGUCUUAUCUUAGCUCACCACCUCUGCUGACUAAGGCUGUCGAUGGAGAGAUUCUUUACUUGUACCUGGGGAUUUCAGAAGAGGCCAUUAGUUCAGUUCUGUUAAGAGAGGAAGCCAAGCAACAGAAACCAAUCUAUUAUAUCAGUAGUGUAUUACACGGAGCGGAGCUGAGAUAUCCUAUAGCGGAGAAAGCAGCACUAGCAGUUGUCACUUCGGCAAGGAAAUUGAGGCCAUAUUUUCAGUCACACCCAAUCAUUAUCACGUUUCAGCAGAGAUCCGUAAUCCGAGCUCAAGCACUAGCAGAUUUCAUUGUUGAAUGCACCCCAUGUCCUUCAACCUCUACUCCAAAGCCCAACGAUUGGACCUUAUAUGUUGACGGAGCAUCUAGUAGCAAGGGUUCAGGGGCUGGCGCUCUCUUGAUUGGUCCAGAAGGAUACCGAAGCGAACAUGCCUUGAAGUUCAACUUUGAUGCGACAAAUAAUAUGGCUGAGUAUGAAGCUCUGCUACUUGGGCUACAACUAGCACUAGAGUUGAAAAUCAGUGCAAUUCAAGCAGAUUCACUCUCUAAGUUUGCCUCUAACAGCUCUUUAAGUUCCAGAUCCGUUUUUGUAGAGAUUUUAGAUGAACCAAGCUUCAUGAAGCCUCGGGUGAUGGAGAUUAGCACAAACCCAGACACGCCGAGUUGGACUGAUUCAAUCGUCUCCUUUUUGCGAGAUGGGAUAAUACCUGAAGACAGGCAGGAGGCAAUGAAGUUGAGAAAGAAAGCAUCUCGGUAUACCCUCGUUGAUGGGGUCUUGUAUAAGAGAUCUUUCUCACUUCCUCUUCUACGGUGUUUAAACCCCUAUGAAGCUGAAUAUGCACUUCGAGAGGUGCAUAAAGGUGUCUGUGGGAGCCAUGUCGGUGCUCGGACUCUGGCUCACAAAGUCUUAAGGCAAGGAUAUUACUGGCCAAACAUACAUAAAGAUGCCACUUACUUUGUUCAGAAAUGCUCGAAAUGUCAAUUCUUCACACAUCUGACUCACCAACCAGUAGAGGAACUCACGAACAUGGUAGCACCGUGGCCAUUUGCUCAGUGGGGAUUGGAUCUUUUAGGCCCAUUCGUGAAAGGGGUUGGAGGUGUAACCCAUCUAGUUGUUGGUGUGGAUUAUUUCACAAAGUGGGUAAAAGCUCGGCCUUUAUCUAGUCUUACCUCUAAGAAGGUCGAAGAUUUUGUUUUCAGCUCGAUCAUCUGCAGAUAUGGGAUCCCAAAUCAGAUUGUGGCUGAUAAUGGAACUCAAUUCAAUUGCUCCUCAUUCCGAGAUUUCUGUUCCAGUUAUGGGAUUAAGUUACAGUUCACCUCCGUUUACCAUCCGGAGUCCAAUGGCAUGGUUGAAUCUGUUAACAAAUGCAUUUUAGAAGGUAUAAAGUUGAGAUUGGAAUAGCAUAAGGCCAAGUGGGCAGACGAGCUCAACAACGUCCUCUGGGCAUACAGAACCACAAGCCGAACUGCCACAGGUACUGCUUU